AUGGCAGCACGCACUCUCUCCACAGCCCCAACCCGAAUAACCCGACGCGAAUGCAACCAUACGAACCCAUUUUUACCUACCCAGAAUACUCUUGGACUACCCAGAUUACAUAAUUCAUGGAUUGGCACCAUAGCAAUCAAACUCCCGAUCAAUUUCACCAAUGUUAUGCCCUUUUUACCAAAGUACCCUCCCAUCAAAGCCACAGUCUCCUUUAGCCUCCCCACUGCAAAGCCAGAGCCAGUUGUUUCCACUGAGAAAAUGCCCAAAUGGUCGUCAAAGGCAAUAAAGUCAUUUGCAAUGGGCGAGUUGGAAGCAAGGAAGAUAAAGUCCCCGACCACGGGCACCGAAGCUCUUCUCAUGGGGAUCUCGAUCGAGGGAACAAAUUUUGCUUCAAAAUUUUUGCGUGCAAAUGGAAUUACACUUCUUAAAGUGCGUGAAGAAAUUGUCAAAUUACGUGGAAAACCUGAUCUGUACUUUUUCAGUCCUGAGCAUCCGCCUUUAACCGAAGAUGCUCAAAAGGCCCUUGAUUGGGCUAUUGAUGAGAAGCUUAAAUCCGGCAACGACGGGGAAAUUGCUACUACUCAUUUACUUCUCGGAGUAUGGAUGCAUGAAGAAUCACCAGGAUACAAAGUACUGACUGCACUAGGCUUCAAUAAUGAGAAAGCUAAAGAGCUUCGUUCUUUGAUAUCUGAACCUGGAUUUGUAGACUGA